AACUAACUAGCGCCCUUCUGCUAGGCGCGAGAUUUAAAGUUAGAUCGUCAGAUUUCUACUACGAAUCUUUAUCAGUUACGUGAAUUAAAAAGUGUACUAAGGCACAGAACGCUUGCUGCAUUCUUCGUUAAUGUAGGACUAUAACUCUUAGUCAAAACCAGACAUGGCAACCAUGAACAAUCAAAAUAGCACUCCUAGCUGCGAUGUGUUGCAGUGUUUAGUUUAGGAAUGGAUUAUAUGUAACGCUAUGUCAAAAUGGAGACAUCGUCCUUUCUACCUCAGCAUACUAGAAUCAAGAACUCUUCCGGAAGUGUCUCCGACAGAAGAGCUUUUUAUACAGAGAAGCUACUAGAGACGGACAGCAAACUCAAAACCCAGGUGCACCCAAAACACAACAGGCUGAAACGAGCGAAAACACAAAAAACAUCGGAGAAUUUCACUGGCUGUGGAAACAAUCCCACCUACUCGACUGAGACCACGGAGUCCAUUUCAUUUUCUGAUGAUAACUGUAAAGGAAAACUAUUUAUAGAUGCUGCAGUACCUACUGACGAUAAAGACAGUUCAGCUCUUACUCCUAUAUCACCAGAUCUUCCCACAGCAAGCCUAAGAAAGGAAGGACACCAUUCUCAAACGGUACAAAAAGUUUGUCAAAUGCAAAAUGAGGUAUCUACAACGGGAUAUCUGAAACGCAGUAAACUGACAUUAAAGAGGAUGAGCAGCAAUAUGAGUGUACAGAUCGUCCCCUUUUCUGCAGAGAGAGAACGUGGUUCAAGGGACAAAAGCUUAAAACCAGAAAUGGAUCACUUUAGAGCUGAUAAAGAGUUUUUGUCCAGCUGUUUACAAAUAAACACCAGUGACCGGGAUCUUUUGAUGGAUGAGCCAGAGGUUAAAACUGGACAAAUCCCAGAGAGCACAAAACAUGGUACUGGCCAAGCCUUGACUCUCAUCACGUCUCAGGCUGCUCAGCACAUCUGUAAAGAAUCAACCGGUGUCAAACCUUUCAAAGAAAUGAAAUCUGGAUGGAGAAAUAACUUUGGCAGUGAAAUGAGCAGUGAGUUACUGGAAGAGAUUCAGAUACACAAUUUGCAGUUUCCUGUCCACACAUUCUUCGCUCUUCUCCUGAAGAAGAGAACUGCACCCGAGGAGGACAUUUGUGCUUUGGAAGCAGAUAAAACUGAUGAUUCUGAGCACAUUUCAGCUUCUGUCCAGAGAAAGAGAAAACAACAGUUGGAGGAACAGACGUGUGACAGGACAUACAAACGUCACAGGACAAACAAAGACUGUAUUUCUGCCGAUAAGUUGGAUUUGGAACAAUUUUCAGAUGGUUUGGCCCACUCUCAUGCAAAGUACAAAAACAGACUGAGCCGAACAAAACGCAGACGACAACAACAAACUACGUUCUGUGCUGUAGUCACUGAACCAGUGGAGAAAGAAUCUGUUUAUCAGGACCCAAGGCCUGGUCAUCUACGAAGAGAGGAUGUUCUCUGGACAGAUAAAUAUCAGCCUCAACAGUCUAGUGAAGUCGUUGGCAACUCUGCAUCAGUAGGAAAACUACACAGCUGGUUAAAAGAAUGGAAAAUAAGAGCAGACAUUGAGGAGAGGAAAAGACGACAAGAAGAAAGGAGGAUGAAGAAGGAUAAUAGUAAUGAGUUGUGGGACUGUGGUGAUUUUGAAGGUGAUACUGUAUCCAUAGAGCAUGAGCAGGAGCUGUGUAACACCAUGCUCAUGAUUGGUCCAUCAGGAGUGGGCAAAACAGCUGCUGUGUAUGCCUGUGCACAAGAGCUGGGAUUCAAGGUGUUCGAGGUGAAUAGCUCAGUCUUGCGCUGCGGUCGUCUCAUUCUUUCCCAGCUGACAGAAGCAACUCAGUCCCAUCAGGUGGACAUUCAGAGAAUUAAAACCUUCAGAUCUGCAAUCAUUAACCAAAGUGAAAUCAAACCUGAUCCACCUUGCAAGGAAGGCCAUAGAAAAGUUACUUCAUCUAAGAAAACUUCAAGUUCUCCUAGCAUUUCCCAUUUAAGCACUAAACCACAGCCAGUAAAACUCACUCGCUUCUUCAAGUUGAGUAGCAGCAAGUCUGUAGGUAAAACCUCUGAUGGUCCUGAACAAUAUAUACAUGCUGGUGAACUGAAACCAGGUAGAUCUGAGAGACCAGUGUCUGAUUUUGAGGACAAUAGACAAGGUGAUCAGCAGUCACCGUGUCCAUCUAAAGGUCAUACUUCAGCUGGACAGGGCCGGACAGUCCCCAUGUCACUAAUACUAUUUGAGGAGGUUGAUGUCAUUUUCCCUGAAGAUGUUGGAUUUCUUGCAGCUAUUAGGACUUUCAUGAGUAGAACCAAAAGACCCAUAAUUCUGACAACCAAUGACCCAUCAUUUAGUGGAAGACUUAAGGGGCAUUUUGAUGAAAUACAUUUCCAAACUCCUUCACUGCAAACCAUCAGGAGCUUUCUGCAGUGUUUGUGUGUGGUGGAGGACAUGAGGGCUGAUCCAGAAUAUCUGGCCUUUUUGCUGUGUCGGAAUAAGGGGGAUAUCAGACAGAGCAUUCUCCAGCUUCAGCUCUGGGUCCGUAGUGGUGGAGGGAUCACAGAACUACAAAUUCUAAAGAACAUACUCAAAUGUGAAUCCUGGACUGAGUUGGAAAACAGCAGGUAUCUGGAGAUCCUGGCAGAGAAAAUUGGAGCAGGUCUACUGUAUUCUAGCAUCGGAAGUCUCUUUUCUCCACAUUUCUCAUCUCAAUCCUCCUAUCAGCAACAGUCAAUAAAUCCCAAGAUGAAAGGAGAAAAGCCAGUCAAAGGCUUGAUGUUACAGACCUCCACAAGUGUACCCGAGGUUAGACCAGACAAGCUCUCUACAUGCAGAAGAAAAAAACAUUUCUCAUUAUGUGAGCCAAAAACUUUUUCUUACCCACAUUCAAUCCCACAUCUCAAACUUUUCUCACUGGAUGAAUCUUAUACGUCUUCAGUCCCUUCAAAGCAAACAAAAAAUGUCCAUGGACUAGAUAAAUCACUCAGGCUGGUUUUUCAACACUUGGUGUGCAUUACAAAGUUUUUUGAAAACAUGUCUUUUCUGGAUGCUUGUUUACAAAGACCAUCUCUUAGUGAAAUUGGACUUUGCAAACCGGAACCUCUCGGCUGGAUGGGUGCCACAGUGAAGGAUGGCUUAUUGGACUUGCCAAGAGAGGAGCAGAUCGGACAAAGUUUUGAGAAUUCAUCACAGAUAUUGGCCAUUGUGGAAGGUCUGAGUUUCCAUCAGUGUCGGACUGAACUCUCGGGGAUCUGGAUGGAGGCUGAAAGAAUGAGGGAGGAGUUGUCUUCAGAGAGAUGGAAACAAAUGAUUUGUGCCCUGUCUCUGCCAACUGACAAAAAACCCCUUAGAAUGUGUCAAUGCAAAUUCUGUGAACCUAGUGGUGUCCAGAAGCGCAAUAAGAUCAUAUCCAAUCUGAUCUCCAGCAAAAAGUUCUAUUGUCAUAGUAAUAAACAUGUUCUUUCCAUGGACUACCUACCCACUCUGCGCUCAAUCUGUAGAUCUGAGAGAAUUAAGGAACAGCGCUCCUUUAGACAUUCACACUACCUCUCAAGCCUUCACCUGCCUAGAAGCUUGCUGGAACUUACGGCCUUGGAUUUCCCUUGAUGCGAGAUUGACAUGCUGCUCUAGAAAAUCCUCCAUGACUUCUAAACUGUAUUGUGACAUGAGUGUGACUUGUGUUUGUAGGUGCUUGCAGAAAUUUGUUUGAUAGAUCAUUUGUUCUUGGCAAAUAAAAAUAUGUAUUUUUCUAAUUAGAAGUGGGAACUUUCACUAGUACCUUAAAUGAGCAUAAUGUCUGAAUUUAAUUGUAGUAGACAUAAAAUUCCCAUCCAAGUGUUAUAUUUAACCGACUACUCUCAGGGUAAUUUUUUGUGGAUGUUUUUUUGUUACCCACAUUCUUCAAGAUAUCAUCGUUUGU